AUGAUGGACAAGCGCGAUGUGAGCCGCAGUAUCGUCUGUAUCUGCACCACGCUGGAGUGUCAGCAGGCGGGCGUGAGCACCUGUACCACCACCGGCAUGUGCUACACCCAACAGCUAAGGCGGCUCGACGGCGCCGACCCCAUGACCAGAGGCUGUGUCAGGGGCGAGACGCCUCUAAUGUGUGACCACCUGCUGCCGACCCACGGGGAGGACUACCGGGCCAGCUCCAUCUGCUGCGGUACCCCGCUCUGUAACAAACAGGUGUCGCUGGCGUCUGGCCGCGGCCGUGGCCCCGGAGGGACCAGGAGACACGAGCAGCACGAGCAGCGGCGGACCAGCGGCGCCAAACACGGUAACGAAACUGACGGGGGUGAAUAG